GGCGGGGCCGGGGCCGGGAGCGGGGCAGGAUCCCGGGAUCGGGAUGCGGGGGCGGCCCGGGACGCGGCCUCGCUGCCCGGAGCGACAUCAUGCACCCGGCCCUGGCGGUGGGGCUGGUGUUCGGCGGCUGCUGCAGCAACGUGGUGUUCCUGGAGCUGCUGGCCAGGGAGUUUCCAGGAUGUGGGAACAUCGUGACCUUCUCCCAGUUCCUGUUCAUCGCCGUGGAAGGUUUUAUCUUCGAGGCCAAUUUUGGGAGGAAGAGCCCGGCCAUCCCAAUCAGGUACUAUUUGAUCAUGGUGGCCAUGUUCUUCACCGUCAGCGUGGUGAAUAACUACGCCCUGAACCUCAACAUCUCCAUGCCCCUGCACAUGAUCUUCCGCUCGGGUUCCCUCAUAGCCAGCAUGGCUCUGGGAAUCAUCAUCCUGAAGAAAAGGUACAGCGUGUCCAAAUACACUUCCAUAGCCCUGGUAUCCCUUGGGAUCUUCACCUGCACUUUCAUGUCUGCAAAGCAAGUGGCAUCCGACUCCAGCCUGAACGAAGAGGAUGGAGUCCAGGUUUUCCUGUGGUGGCUGCUGGGCAUCGCCGCCCUCACCUUUGCCCUCCUCAUGUCUGCCAGGAUGGGGAUUUUCCAGGAGACUCUGUACCAGAGGUUUGGGAAGCACUCCAAAGAGGCCCUCUUCUACAAUCAUGCCCUGCCACUCCCUGGAUUCCUGCUCCUGGCCCCCAACAUCUACCAGCACGCCGUCCUCUUCAGCCAGUCCGAGCCGUUCCGGGUGCCGGUGCUGGGGCUGACUCUGCCCAUCAUGUGGUUCUACCUCCUCAUGAACGUCGUCACUCAGUACGUGUGCAUCCGGGGGGUGUUCAUCCUGACCACGGAGUGCCCGUCGCUGACGGUGACCUUGGUGGUGACGCUGCGGAAGUUCGUGAGCCUCAUCUUCUCCAUCCUCUACUUCCGCAACCCCUUCACGGCCUGGCACUGGCUCGGCACCGCCCUCGUCUUCCUGGGCACCCUCCUCUACGCCGAGGUCUGGCACAGCCUGGGCUCCCUCCUGGCCCGCUGCAGGAGGAGGAGGAGGAGGAGGCCCAAGGAGGAGUGACAGGCCCAAGGAGUGGGUUUUUUUCCAGGGAAUUCCCCCCUGAGGGGGGUGUUUUUAUAGGAGGGGUUGGCUGGGCCAAGCUCCUGGGAAUCAUCGGAACCCAAACGCUGGGAACUGGGACGGAUCAUGGACAGAUCUCCAACAGGGUUGUUUUGGAGAGUAGGCUUUUUUCCUUUUUAAUGCUUCCAGCUUUUCCUCCUGGUUUUUUGGUUGUUUGUUUGGUUUUUUUUUUUCCCCCCAUUGGAAUGAGCCUUUGGAAGUAAAAGCUGACCUGGAUUGCU